GAAUUGGAUAGAACAAUGAAUGGGCAAGUAGUGAUAUUUGUGUCUCUCUUUGCCCUCGACGCAGUGUACGGCCAGGCCAGUUAUUCGAUUCCAGAGGAAAUGAGCAGGGGAUCUUUAGUGGGCAACAUAGCACAAGAUUUAGGUCUGGAAAUACGACGUUUGAUUUCAGGCAAAGCCAAGAUCUAUUCCAGGAACAAUGAGGAAUACAUCGAGUUGAGCCGAGAGAAAGGAGUCCUCCUCGUUAAAGAGAGGAUCGACAGAGAGGCUCUUUGCGCACACACAGCGCUUUGUGUGCUGCAUUUUCGGAUCAUUUUGGAAGAUCCUAUUGAAUUUUAUAGCAUCACUGUGCAGAUUACAGACAUUAAUGAUAAUGCGCCAAGCUUUGAAAAAAAUGAAAUGAAAUUUAAAAUAAGCGAGUCUGCAAAUGUAGGAGCCAAAUUUGUUUUAGAAAGGGCAGUAGAUCUUGACGUUGGAAUUAACGACCUUCAAAUGUAUGAGUUAAAACCAACAGAUAAUUUUGCUCUUAAGAUGCAAAAUAAUGCAGAUGGACAUAAAAAUGUGGAAAUGGUUUUACAAAAGCCUUUAGACCGAGAAAAGGAGGAGCAAAUGUCUCUCGUGUUAACAGCUGUAGAUGGAGGAGAGCCACGCAUGUCAGGAACGAUGUUGAUUCUUAUUACAGUGUUAGAUGCUAAUGAUAAUGCCCCCGUUUUUACACAAUCCACAUACAAAGCUACUGUUUCUGAGAAUUCACCUUUAGGAACAAAUGUGGCCACUGUUUCUGCCUCUGAUGCAGAUGGAGAUUUAAACUCUAAAAUAUCAUAUUCAAUUACAAACACCCUAGACAAUGUGAGAUAUAUAUUUGGUGUAGAUAAAGAAAAGGGCCAGGUGUCAUUAAUUGGAAAUAUAGAUUUUGAAAAGUCAAAACAUUUCCAAAUUAACUUACUCGCAAGUGACGACGGAGGUCUCACAGAUUCAUGUAAGUUGAUCAUAGAAGUACAAGAUGUAAAUGACAACAAACCUGAAAUAAAUAUUAUGUCCAAAUCAAAUGUGAUAUCAGAAGAUGCAGUUGUGAAUACUGUUGUAACUGUAAUCAGUGUAGAAGACUUGGAUUCGGAAGAAAAUGGCAUGGUAAAAUGUUACAUCAAUGAAAAUAUUCCAUUUAUGCUCAAAACGUCAGAAAAUAACUUUUAUAGUUUAGUGACAGAUAAUGAUUUAGACAGAGAAAGGUCAUCCGAGUAUAACAUCACAGUGACGUGUUCUGAUGAAGGUGUGCCCUCGCUCUCCAGCAGCGUCAGUCUAACUUUACACAUAUCAGAUGUAAAUGACAACGCACCUGCUUUUGAGAGGAGCUCCUAUGAGGCCUACAUAGUUGAAAACAACACACCCGGUCUGUCCAUAUUGGCUGUAAAAGCCAGGGAUACUGAUUGGAACCAAAACGCUCGCAUUUCUUACAUCCUUGAGGACUCCUUUGUUAACGGAGUUUCAAUCUCCUCAUAUGUGUCGGUUAGUGCUGAGAGUGGAUUCAUCCACGCAGUUCGUUCUUUUGACUAUGAGCAGCUGAAGGACUUCCACUUCCGUGUCAGAGCUCAGGACGGAGGAUCCCCUCCCCUGAGCAGCAACGUGAGCGUUGCCAUCUUAAUCCAGGACGCCAAUGACAACGGCCCUCAGGUCCUGUACCCAGUCCAAACAGGCGGCUCAGUGCUGGCUGAAAUGGUGCCUCGUUCCGCAGACAUUGGCUACCUGGUGACUAAAGUGGUGGCUGUGGACGUAGACUCUGGACAGAACGCAUGGCUCUCGUAUAAAGUCCAAAAAGCUACAGACAGAGCAUUGUUUGAAGUGGGCCUCUACAACGGAGAAAUAAGAACUGUCCGCCAAGUGACUGAUAAAGAUGCUGUCAAACAAAGACUAAAUGUUGUUGUAGAGGACAAUGGGCAGCCCUCUCGUUCAGCUACCAUCAUUGUUAAUGUGGCGGUGGCGGACAGCUUCCCUGAAGUGUUGUCUGAGUUCACUGACUUUAGCAUGCAUGACAAGGAGUAUAACGACAAGCUGACUUUUUACUUGGUCUUGGCUUUGGCAGUUGUCUCCUUCCUCUUUAUCACCUGCUUACUGCUCAUCAUAUCGGUCAAAGUGUACAGGUGGAGACAAUCUCGUCUGCUGUACCACACUAACCUGCCCGUCAUUCCAUAUUAUCCACCACGGUACUCGGAUACUUUGGGGACGGGUACUCUUCCACACGUGUACAAUUAUGAAGUGUGCAGGACCACUGACUCCAGGAAGAGUGACAUGAAAAAUAUGCAAGCCAUGAGUCAAAGUUUAGUGAGUGUGGAUGGACCUGAUCCUGAUACGUCUCACUUGAACAAGGAACUGUCAGGAAAUUUUUCCCAAAUGUCAACACUGGUGAGUCAUAAGUAUCGCCAUGCCUUUGUAUUUAGUGAAUGUGUCUUUGAGGGAAUUUCUAAUACCGCUAUGGUGCUGUCCUUAGUACUGAAUGGUUGA